UACACCACCACAGGAAUAUAACUUUCUGUCUGUGUGGUCACACAACAUGUAGAGUAGAAGUGGGAAGAUGAGCAGAGCAUGAAAGAGGGAGGUUUUUGCAGGAUUCCAGAAGGGUGACGUUGGUGUGACUUAAAUAACCACCGGAAGUGGACCUGUUGUGGAUCUAUGGUGGAUUUGACAUGGAUGGAUGGAUGGUGGCUGUCUAUGUCUGUGAAGUUCUGGGAAACGGUGCUGUCGUGUGGCCCGGCCGUCCAAUGGGUGUCACUUGUGGUGUUGCUCCUCGUCUCGCCUCUGUGUGUUACCAGUCCAUCACCACCAGGAAUGUUUCACACAAAAUGUAUUGAGCGGCACUUCUGGCUCUCCGUCAGAUCCAGCUUCCUCGGCUUGAUGUUCCGUUUUGCCUUUGAAGACCAGAAUGGAUUCCACUUUCUGUCCAAUCAGGAGGCCUCAUUCUGUGGUUACACCGUCCUAAUCAGCGGCGUUGGAGAGGCGGUGUUUCGUGCCUCCUUCCUCGCCUGUCACGUCCACAGCAUGAGAGGCACAGACUAUCACCUGCAUCUUUGGUUCGUGAACCUGCAGUCGGAUGGGAAGGUGGCAGCCUAUCCCCUCCAGCUCCACUGCUCACUGCAGGGUCAGUGGAGCACCAGAGAGAUCGUCUGUGAGGAAAACUACAUGGAGGUGUCCAUCCAGCAGUCGCUCCUGUCCGGCAUGUCCAAAACAGAGAAAAAGGGAGAUGACGAGGCAGACAUCACUGUGAUGUUCUCCACAGAGGACCGGCCACCAGAGCAAGCCAGGGUCUUGUCCCUGACCGAGGCUGCUGCUCUGGGCUACCACAUCUCCCAGCGUGGCUCACACCUCGUUUUCCGCUGUCCCUACUCCUCCCCUCUCUCACAGUCUGUUAAGGAGAGAGGAGUGGAUUUAGAGAUUGUCAGAGCUACCAUCCUGUACAGACUCCGAAGCAACUUCCUGGCUGCUGACACCACUGUUGCCUGUGCUCAGAAUGAGGCAACAGCAGAUGGGCCCGACCUGCUGUGGACCGUCCCUUAUGUUCUGUCUCCAUUAGUCCACGGUCAGUUCAGAGACAGAGGCAUGAGGAUGGGAGUGAAUGGAUGGACUCUGAGUGAGCCUGAAAAUGCCGAGAGAGGAUUCAAGGUUGGCCUCCAGGAGGGAAGAGUGGAGAUCAGGAUUCCUUUCGGAGCCCAUGGUGGACACCUUAAGAGUGGAGUUUUGAGAGGACAGUACAGUCAGUCCAUGUCGGUGGAUCUGUUCUUCACGAGGCAGUGGGAGGACGAGCGCUGGCCUCUCACACAGCACCGCUCCUUCAGGCUCCUCAAGACUCCUUUCAUCCCACAAGUCCCAGUCUUCACCAGCAAAGCAGUCUCAUCUAAGGGAUUGUUUUCCUUCACUGUAGGCUCUUUCGCAGCUGACGUUUCCCUCCAGAAGGUGACAGUAGAUGGUGGCGGAGACCUUUUAACCUGGACCUGGAGCCACCGAACACAGCACGACACAGACCUGAGCGUGUCAAGGCUCUCCCACUCCAACGGGAGCCACUCUUACCAGCUUCGUUUCCCAUUGUCACACCCAAAGAUAAUCCCAGAGUUUGUAGGUGGUGGCUAUAAGGUGUACAGCCUCUCUUUCAGCUUCACUCUCAUCAUCUCACCAAGUGGAGAGGUGUUUUAUCAUCAAGUCACUAUAGAGCACAGUAUUGAAUACGCGGCUCCAAGUUCCCCCAAACUGGAGGGGAAGUGCACCGACAGCAGCCUGCUGGUGCUGCUGCACCACGGGGCCCAGGCCGAGCUGCAGUGGGAGCUCUUCCUCGCAGGCCGAAAGCUGGACUGGGACCUGGUGGAGAUGGGCGGGUUCCUGCUGAAGGCAGAGGACGACUACAUGUCAGUGGAGAUCCCCUCCUACAGCCUUGGGUUGCACUUUGAGGAGCUGACGUUGCAGGGUCUUGUCUCUGGAGUUGAAGUGUCUGUUGUGGAUUCAGUGUCUCUGAAAGUGGAGGACACUCUUGUCCACAAAUGCACCUUUCCAGCGAGAGAAUUAUUUGUGUGUUUGCCAGAGGGAAGGAUGGUGGCAGUAGUCGACACCACCCACACCAUCCCGCCCACUCACCCCAACCGAACCACCUUAUUGGACCACAGCUGUGUUCCCAUGGAGACGGACAGUGCCAGAGCUCUGUUCAGCUUCAGCCUGGACUCCUGUGGGACGACUGUUACUACUGAGGGGAGCUUCCUUGUUUAUGAAAACCAGAUCAGUUACCGUCAAGAGUUUCUGCCUGUUGAUGAUCCUCUCAUACACAGAGACUCCCCGUACAGGCUGACACUUCAGUGUCGUUACCCAGCAAACGAUACAAGAACUUUUGCAAUCCGUCGUCCCUUGAACUCCUCUGUGGACCUCACAGCCAUGUCAGCCAGACGCAGACGCAGGGAGGCUGCGAACACAACAUUCUCAUGAUUUCUGGAGAAAGGGCCCUGGUAUUAAACAUGUUGCUUCAGUUUGGACGUGGCUUUCUGUAAAACCUGAAUGGAAAGGAAACAUUGUUAAUGUCAUUUGCUGGACCUGCGCCUGUCCUGCUCUGAAGUCAAGCAUCCGACCAUCGACAGCCAGAGUCUGCUGCUGGACGCGUCCCACUUCAAGAACAAGGAUGUUACUCUCUGGCACUUUUGAGCUCCUUGUGCAGGACUGUGAAACAUCAGAGGUCCAGAGCUCCACCAGGGCUCUCUUCUCCUUUCCACUCAACAGCUGUGGAGCCACAGUCAAGCUCAGCAAGGAAUGUGACCUACUAAAACAAGAUUUCUCAGCUGGAAGCUGCGUGCCCUGAAAAGUCUCACUCACCAGCAAUGACAUUGACAGGUACAUCUUCAGCUUUUGUUUGUUUUUUUUUAAACACCUCUAACUUAAGACAUUAUCCCCUCUCAUCUCAGUGUGACCAUGUGAUGUAGCCUACAUCUCCUCUGGCUGGACUGUAUACAGGUUUGAGUCCGACACAGUCGGUGUUCCUAACUUUCUCCAGAAUGACAGACAGUUUAGUUGCUUGAAAUGUAAUUCUUAAUCAAAUUAUUUUCACAGGAGCUAGAUGAUCACAAACAAUGAAUCCAUAUUCUUGAUUUUGUUCAAUGUAUUGAAUAAAAAGCUCAAACUCCUAAAUGCUCUUCACCAGUAUUUCCUUGCUGAAAUUUCUUAACUCCUGACCUCCAAGCAUUUAAAGCAGAUGAUUACAAGUUGACAGACUAGGUUGGCUGCAACAGUGUCUUUAGCAAGUGUAUAGAAUCUUUAACUUCAGCUCACGAAGCAAUGUCUGUUUACCAACCCAUGACAGCUGAUGAUAGCCAGGGUGUCCAUUUCUAUCACAAAUUAAAUGGAAAACAGCAUGGAGAGCCAAUUUCAAGUUCAUGUCAGCACUUUUGACUGAAAGGGUUGAAGGAUAGAGAACCAUGCUACGGUAACACAGGCCAGCCAUCGCCUCCACCUUUGACAUGCAAGUUGUUCAGUGGUUAUUCUGAUCAUGGCAAUUUUUCGUCACAAGACAGGUUAGUGCUCAAGCUGUGUUGACCUGGUAGUGCAAUGCUACAU